UUCAAGGAACAGAUCUGACAGCUUCCCGACAAAGAACAAAGUAUCACGUCGUAUAAUUAUUGCUGAGAAAAUUUUGAAUUUUCUUCAAAAUAGUGAUAGAAACUGCACAAAUCUAAUUAAUUUUGCAUCGCUAGUGGAAAACGGUUGUUUUGUCACAUUUUGUGAGGGGAACGAGUUUAAAGGAGAAGUAAAAAAACGUUUUCUAGGUAGCUUCUAAUUAGAUGCGAAAAGAAGCCAUACAAUCCAAGGAGAGACCGUAAUCGAUAGCAGUAAUUUCAAACAUGGUGGAUGUUGCGAGACAACUGCUCGAUGAGCUUAUGGGACGGAACAGAAAUCUGGAUCCGUCGACUAAGGGCAAAGAACUGAACUGGGAAGAUGACGAUUUUUGCACUUAUUUUAUCGUGAAGUUUUGUCCACACGAUUUGUUCGUCAACACCCGCGCUGACCUGGGUCAGUGCGGCAAACUUCAUGAUGAGGAAGCGAAAAAAUUGUACGAGAAUGCGAAACCCAGCCGUAAGAAAAUGCAAUACGAGGAUGACUUCCUGCGCUUCUGCAGCAACAUGAUCAACGAGGUGGACCGAAAGAUAAUAAAAGGUAAGCAAAGACUUCUUUUGAUGAACAGCAAACUGGAGGGACGACCACUCUCCAAGCAGCAUGAGCAGAUCAACACGAUGAACGAAAAAAUCAAUAAACUUGUCCGUGAAGCAGAAGAGGCUGGUAUUCGAGGAGAUGUCGAGCAGGCACAGGGGCUAAUGCAACUGUGUGACCAACUGAAGGAGGAAAAAGAUGCACUGGUUAAACAGCACGAGUCGAACGGUUGGUCAGUGACGGCUGAAAUCGCGGCAGCUCAGGAAAAGCAGAUGGAAGUAUGCGAGGUUUGUGGAGCAUUUCUCAUUGUAGGUGAUGCACAGCAGCGAAUUGAUGAUCAUCUUACGGGAAAGCAACAUUUGGGUUAUUCCAAACUACGGAAGGCCGUUGAGGAUAUGAUGGAAGCCAGAAGAAAAAGCGUACCUAGACAGGAUGAUCGGCGCCGCGAAGAAGGUCGUGCUGACAGACGCCAUAGUCGGCGCGAUGAACGUCCACCGAGAGAACAUGACGAUCGCUACAGACGUGACGAUAGACGUCGCGAUCGCCGAGACCACCGGGACCAAGAUCAUGAGCGUUACGAGAGACGUGAACGUGAGCGCGACCGAGGUCAUGGCGAUCGUGGCCACCAUGAUCGUCACCACAAGCGAUACGAACGCCAUCGUAGCAGGAGUCGCAGCUACUAAACUUGGAUUAAGCAUACUCAAAGUACGGAUUGUCAGCACGAUUUUCGUUCUAGUAGCAAAGACUGUACAUCAUUGUUUAUUUUCGUUUGAUCACAACUUUUCAAUAGAGGUAUCCCAAGCUACACAAAAUAAAAUACUAGACCAAUAUUAUUAAUUCAACUUCUAUCAAGAAUUAUCGCUUAUACUUCGACACCCCAGUAGCAACAGCUGUACCAGGAGUCAGAGCAGUGCGUAAAUCCAUAUUACAAAUUAAGUUCUACCUAAGAGUUGCGAAGAAUACAAGCACAUCCAUUACACAAGUAUAAUAGCAAUAUUGUUAAGUAUCGUACUUCAUUAUACGCAACUGAAUAAUCAUAUUAUGUCAGUUGAGUAUCUUCGGUGUCAUAUGGCAGUGAAAGUGUUAAUAUGCUUGCGCUUACGGAACGGAAAACAAAACCAGCAACAAAUGUCGCGUAGGUUUGCUACUGGACGAGCAGCAAACAGCAGGUAUCGUGCGUUUUUACUUUCUCACUAUUAGAUGUAAUACGAGGCAGUAAAUAUUUUAACCGUUUCGUUUGAAGUAAUAUAAGAAGGGCAUGGACGAAGCCCCGAUUAGUGAUAUCCAGUGUUAGAGCAGUUGAUGUGAUGUCACCUUUUAACUAUUAAUUGUAAUAUGUAGAGCAACCCAAUGAAUUGAGUUUAAUUUGGAUAAGUUUUUCCUCACAUCAUCCCAAUUCUCGAUAUGUAGCUUUGGUGAAUCCAAUCCAAUUUUCUUAUCUCCCAAUAUGUCCAUGCAAAACCUCGAAAGUUUAAAAAUCUUUCGAUCUGUACGAUAUAAUAAGCAUUACAAAGCGUGAACUUAAAUAUAGAAUAAUUAUAAGUAUAACAAUAGAGUGCGUGGCGCUAAUCGGUGGUUGAAAAUUCGUACCUACAGAUUGACAAGUAGCGUUUUUGAAAUAUUUAGUGAACACCCAUCGUUGCUGAUCGGUAGCAGUAAAUGCCACUAACAUCAGGAUCUGUUUUAAUGAAAAUACAUUUUACGUCUCCAUUAAACCAA